UAUACUCUGGUGUCGGGAGAAGCUACUGUGUAACUUAUUUGGACUACCUGGACCGGACAAGACUCUGCUAAUUUCCGCCAGUGCUGCGCCAACAGUCUGCCUAGAGAAGUGGUCCAACGGCUGAAAAGUCCGGACUUUGGCUCCCUUGAUCUUGGCCUUGACAAGCCAUAGCUGGAAAGCUUCCCAGCAACUGUGGGAGGGAGGAGGUGUGUGGUUGUGUGUGUGUGUUCCCUCAAUGGACUUUGGAGAGAGGCGCUCUUUGUGCUGCUCAAGGCGGUAGAGCCACGAGUUCCAACAGCCGAAGGAGAGAAUGCGGCCUUGCUUGGCAAAAGGUUGGCAUCUGACGCUGCUUUUUUUUCUCCUGACUGGUGCAUCGGAGGGUCAGGGAAAUGACCCGCCGGAAGUGGUUACAAAAUAUGGACCCGUCCGUGGGAAGGUGGCCAAUGUGAGUGGCACUGAUCAGCCCGUGAACGUCUUUCUGGGGAUCCCUUUUGCCAAACCGCCGGUCGGAGCCCUCCGAUUCUCGCCGCCACAACCCCCUGAGCCCUGGAGUCACGUGAGAGAGUCCACCACGCACCCUCCUAUGUGUUUGCAAAAUGUGGAGACAGAACAAAUCCUGUUAGAAUCUAUUACCAACACGAAGGAAAAUGUCUCCGUGAGGAUGUCUGAGGACUGCUUGUACUUAAACGUCUUUGCACCAGCCCCUUUGGAUGACAAAGCCAAACUUCCAGUGAUGGUUUGGAUCCAUGGAGGAGGAAUGGUUACGGGUGGAGCCUCCAUGUUUGAUGGGUCUGCCCUAGCUGCUUAUGAAAAGGUGGUGGUGGUGAUCAUCCAGUACCGGCUCGGCAUUUUCGGUUUUUACAGUACCGGGGAUGAACAUUCACGUGGAAACUGGGGUUUGCUGGACCAAGUGGCGGCUCUCCGGUGGAUCCAGGAGAACAUUGCCUUCUUCGGAGGAGACCCCGGAUCUGUGACACUUUUCGGAGAGUCGGCAGGAGGUGGCUGCAUUUCUGCCCACAUCUUGUCCCCAGCUUCGAAGGGCUUGUUCCAUAAGGCCAUCUCUCAAAGUGGCGUCGCUCUCUUCAGCCUUUUCUUCAAUGCCCACCCAGAACGGUAUGCAAGGAGCGUGGCUGAGGCUGCCGGCUGUCCGGCUUCCAGUUCAUCGGAGAUGGUCCGUUGUCUCAGGGGGAAGACCGAGAAAGAGCUCUUAGAGGCCCAUUCCAAGGCGUACUCUACGUUUUCCUACUCCGUGCUUGAUGGCGUAUUUUUCCCCAAGAGUCCCGAGGCCCUGCUGGAAGAAAAAAACUUCGAGAACGUUCCCUAUAUCAUCGGCAUCAAUAAUCAUGAAUCGGGAUGGCGUAUUCCUAUCGCACUGAAAGUUCCAGGUUACGUGGAGGGCAUGGACAUGGAGACGGCAAACCGCGUGCUGUCUGGCUGGGAGCAAUUUACAGGUGUUGCUCCUGACGACGUUCACCUCCUUGCCGAGGGAUAUCUGAAAAAUGCCAGUGAUCCUCGACAGAUCAGAGACCAGCUCCUGGAAUUACUGGGGGACGUGUCGUUUUUGGUUCCUGCCAUUAGGACAGCUAGAGCCCACCGAGACGCCGGCUGCCCAGUCUACUUUUAUGAGUUCCAGCACCCUCCGAGCACCCUCGCGGGCCUCCGGCCAGACUUCGUCAAGGCGGAUCACGGGGACGAUGUUGGCUUUGUCUUUGGCAAGCCCUUCCUGGCAGACGAAGGGACCGAAGAAGAGAAAAGGCUGAGCAAGACGGUUAUGAAAUACUGGGCGAAUUUCGCUCGUAACGGGAACCCCAAUGGUGUCGGGCUGGUGGAGUGGCCCCCGUACGACGAAAAUGAGCAAUAUCUGGAAAUAGAUGUAAAGCAGAAGGUGGGCAAGAAACUGAAGGAGGAAUAUGUCAACUUCUGGACCAAGACACUGCCUGAAAAGCUAGCGGAAAGCCAAAGAACACACGCAGAGUUUUGACCGGCCAGCUCCCAAGCCCUCGGUUGGCCAGGAUUUUGUGUAAAUGGCGGGUCCUUAGCCGAGAGCUAGCUGGGUGGAGAGUUGUGAAUUAAUCCCCUUGUUAAUUAAUCCUAGAUGUGUUGAAUGUGGGGGGAAAGGCCAGGUUCUUAUGGGUCCUUCUGCUUCCCCUCUCGUUUCCCCCCUUUGCAACAGCUAAAUGAAAUCUAUAGUCACUUGAAGAGGAACAGGACCUUCUGAAUAAUCUCUUUUUCAUUAUCUGGGUGGAAACUUUAAACGAGA